UAAAAUUUUCGCGAUUAGCCGGCCGGCAGGGCGGGGAGUGACAACGAGCAAUGUUUGGUUGCUUGCCGCAGCUACAGUAUUCACUUUAAAUUACGUUAUGGUAGCAGAAUAAAAAGCAAUAAAUUUUAAUUAAUAUUACUUAUACUGAUUAAUUCUACAGAAACAGCAGGAUGGCUCGUCUAGACUUAAUAAUUUUCGGUGCGACGGGUUUCACGGGCAAGCAAGUUGUCAGGGAGCUGGCUGGUAACGUCAUUGAAAACUACCCUGAUUUGAAAUGGGGCGUCGCAGGUCGCUCACUCACCAAACUUGAUGCUAUGCUUCAAGAAAUAUCCAAUAAAAUCGACGUAGAUAUAACGUCAGUGAAGAAGAUCGAAGCUAACGUCAAGGACGAGGAGUCGCUGAAGGAGAUGUGCUCGCAGUGCAAGGUGCUGGUGAACUGCUGCGGGCCCUACCGCCUGUACGGCGAGCCCGUCGUGCGCGCCGCGCUCGCCGCGCGGGCGCACUACGUCGACGUCUGCGGGGAGCCGCAGUUUAUGGAAAAAAUGCAACUGGAGUACGACGCGCAGGCGCGGGAGGUCGGCGUCUACAUCAUCAGCGCCUGCGGCUUCGACAGUAUUCCCAACGACUUAGGAGUCAUUUACCUACAGCAGAACUUUUGUGGCACGCUCAACUCCGUGGAGUCGUAUGUCUCCACGAGUAACGACGUCGAGAAGCAAGCUCUCAUCAACUAUGGCACUUGGGAGUCGCUAAUAUACGGUUUGGCGCACUACAACGAGCUUCCUGCUCUGAGAAAGAAGUUGUACCCGGACAGCUUGCCGCCGUUACGGCCUAAACUGAAGCGCAGGGCGCUGCUGCACCGGCGCGGGCGGCUGUGGUGCGUGCCCUUCCCGGCCGCCGACGCGUCGGUGGUGUACCGCUCGCAGCGCCGCCUGCGCGCCGCCUCGGGCGCGCGGCCCGCGCAGAUCAAGACGUACGCGUGCUUCCCGUCGCUGGCGGCGGCGCUGGCGGCCGUGCUGCUGGCCGGCCUGCUGCUGCUGCUCAGCCAGUGGGGGCCCGCGCGCCGCCUGCUGCUGCGCCACCCGGAGCGCUUCUCCCUCGGCCUCAUCACGCGCGCCGGCCCCCCCGAGCGCGCCAUGCGCGACACGCGCUUCGCGGUGCGGCUGUACGGCCUCGGCUGGCCCGUCGGCGCCGACCUGCGCGCGCCGCCCGACCGGAAGCUCUGCGUGCAGGUGUCCGGCGUGAACCCCGGCUACGGCAUGACUGCGCUGGGCGUGCUGUUCUCCGCUAUCACCAUUUUAAACGAGAAGGACAAAAUGCCCGAGUGUGGAGUGCUGACCACCGGAUAUGCGUUCAAGGACACCAGCAUCAUUCAGCUACUCGACGAAAACAAUAUUAAAUUCGAAAUGAUUAAUCGUUAUGAUUAAAUAAUUUGAUUUUAAUAUUUAAUAUUAAGUCAAAAUCUAUAUCAACAUUCCUCAUUGACGUACGACAAAUUCAUUGGAAAAUUAUGUAAUUUGUAACAUCGGUUUCUUUGGCAAGAAGCAGGAAGCAAACGAGUGAUAUUGUAUCUCAUAUAUAGGGUCUAAGAGUGAAUAUUUCAUAUUGGAAAAAUAAAGAUAAAAAAACACGGUUUUAGAUAUUUCUAUUUAGAAAGUGGUUUUGACAUCAGUUU